UAGAGAUAGUACCUAAAAGAUGCAAGUUGUUACAGAGAAAGGAGUUCAGGUCUUCAAUUUCAAGCAGCUUCAUGCUGCGACUGGUGGAUUCAGCAAGGCUAAUGUUAUUGGGCAUGGCGGUUUUGGCUCGAUCUACAGGGGUGUCCUUCCUGAUGGGAGGAAGAUCGCCGUUAAGCUAAUGGAUCGAGCUAGAAAGCAGGAAGAAGAGGAGUUCAAAAUGGAGGUGGAGUUGCUUAGCCGUCUUCUUUCUCCAUAUCUGCUGGCGUUGCUUGGGUACUGUACAGAUAAUGACCAUAAAUUGUUGGUUUAUAAGUAUAUGUCAAAUGGAGGUCUGCAAUAGCACCUUUAUCCUGAGAGUUGUUCCCAUGGUGGUGUUUUGAAGUUGGACCAUUUGACUCGAAUGAGAAUAGCUCUGGAAGCUACCAGAGGUCUGGAAUACCUACACAAACAUAUCAGCCCCCCAGUGAUUCACAGAGAUUUCAAGAGCAACACCAUCCUCUUGGACAAGAACUUACAUGCCAAUGUUUCAGAGUUUGACUUGGCCAAGCUUGGAUCUGAGAAAGCUGGAGGGCAUUUCUCCACCCAUGUAUUGAGCACCCAAGGCUACGUCACUCCCGAAUAUGUGUUAACUGGACAUUUGAUCACCAAAUCAGAUGUGCACAGCGAUGGGGUUGUGCUCUUGGAGAUGCUCACAGGCAGGGUUCUGGUUGACAUGAAGAGGGCCCCUGGGGAAGGCGUUCUUGUAUCAUGGGCAUUGCCUUGGCUUACAGAUAGACAAAGGUUUGUACAAAUCAUGGAUCCAUCAUUGGAAGGUCAGUAUUCGAUGAAGGACGUUAUUCAGGUGGCAGCCAUCGCAGCAAUGUGCA